AUGUUGCGCAACAAGUCGCAAGAAAGAUUAAUUGCCCAUUUGAUACGUAUCGAUCCGGGCCUGCCUCGCCCGCUGCCUACUGAAUCCUACUGGCAGAAGGAUCCCCAUGAAUUAGCCGAGCACCAAACCCACACUCUCCCGCACACCGUGGACAUCGUUGUCAUUGGGUCUGGCGUUACUGGGGCGGCCGUCUCGAAGACACUUCUUGAAAGAGACAAGACCGUCAGCGUCUUGGUUCUCGAGGCCCGACAACUCUGCUCCGGGGCGACUGGCCGAAACGGUGGCCAGCUUGCAACCAAUGCUGGCGAAAGCUAUGCUUCGCUGGCGACUACUUUUGGCCAGCAGAGUGCGGGUAACAUUGUGAGAUUCACUCUCAGAAAUCUUGCAAAGAUGCGACAACUAGUGGAGCAGUAUGACGCAGAGUACUGCCACUUGCAGGACACAACUAAGGUGCGCACGUUCCUAGAUAGGGAAUUAUUCGAGGACGUUAGAGCCAGCAUCCGUAUGCUAGAAGCCGACCACCCCGAUCUCAGCGGUAUUUACCAAGUCGUCUCAGGCGAUCAACUGAGUGGUUAUGGAAUCUAUGAAGGAGUCGGCGCUCUCUUGCACAAAGCAGGAUCAGUGUGGCCUUACCGGUUCAUUACCAAAGUCUUUGAAGACCUUCUGCAGAGGUAUUCGCCGAGAUUCUCUCUCGAAACAAACACCACCGUCACUACAAUCACCCAUGAGGAGCAUCAAUCCCAUCCUUAUAUUAUCCAGACGCCACGGGGAACACUCCGCUGCGCAAAAGUCAUUCACUGCACGAAUGGGCACGCAGCGCAUCUUCUUCCGGGUCUCGGAGGACGUGUUUUUCCUGUGUGUGGCUCUAUGACCGUUCAAAACUUGGGGUCUCAGGUGCCGAACCAAGGAAGCUCUUAUUCUUGGGCUUUUCAUAGCAUUCCGAAAGAGGAUCCUGAAACAGGAACUAUCUCGGACGGUUUGAUGUACCUCAUCCAGAACGCUAACUCAGGUUUGUUCUUCUUCGGCGGUGACAAUGCCAAAUGGGAAGAAAUGCUUCAUGCCGACGAUACAAAGAUUGCGAAAAGCUCUUUAACCAGUCUUCAGCGCAGCUUGCGAACCUUUUGCACAAAUUCGUUAUCCACCCACAUCCCCGAAGAUCAGCUGGUGGCUGGCUGGAGUGGCAUUAUGGGAUUCUCGUCCGAUGGACUUCCUCUCGUUGGUCAGGUGCCACAUUCACUAUCGAAUCGUGCUGGAGUAAAUGAAUGGGCAGCCAUUGCAUUUAAUGGGCUUGGGCUCGAAUGCGCUAAUGACCGGCCGAUGCGUCGGAGAGGAAGACCAAAAAGACACACGCUGCUUGAAGACCAAGCUGCCGGCUUCCCCACGACACAAGAUCCCCUCGCGCAGGCAAUCACUUCUCCCGAGACCGGGGAUAAUUUUACCAGUCAUACCGGACGCUAUGAUAGCGAAGAUUUGAGAGUGUCGCCGGCAGAUUCGCCGAUCAACGAGGGAGAGGUCAUAUCCGAGCAAGCUGUAGCAAACCCGAUCGAGGACCAGAGCUCUGGAGAAUUGGAACAACAAGAACAACAAGAACAACGGCAGCAUCAACAACACCAACCACAACACCAUCGGGAUAGGCAAUUGUCACUUGGUCAGAAUAUUUCCGAAGAUGACCACUUUGCAUCUGUACUUGGUGAGUUCAACGCCAGGACGAGUUUCCCUCCCUUCGCCGACUCUUUUCAAAUCGAUCGCACGGGACUGAACUCUUCCCGCAAUGCAGGACACUCUAUACCCGAUAGUCUUGACCACCUGGGCCUUGAUCCAUGCUUUGUAUCGCAAUUACUUCAGCCACGCUUUUUAUCAUCCGCUGACCUGGGCGUGCUGGAGAUCCUGCGAGACUUGGAUCCACAUUUCGACGUAUCAUUAAGUGAGAAUGGCGUGGAUUUUUCAAUAUAUCCCCCAUGUCUUCGGUACAUGCUGCUCGCCAUCACCGUAGAGCAAGAUGAAAGAUACUUGUCGGCUGCAUUUCAUCGGAAUAAGGAGCUUAUUGUAGACACCCUACGCAUCGAAUCGAUGCGGUACAUUCCGAUGCUGACCUGGAAAUCCCGGAAUCUAGAUCUAUGUCAGGCGAGUACGUUAGCUCUGGCGAGUUUCACCUGGGCCUUGAAGCGAGGUCUGGUGGAGAUUGCAGCUCGGUGGAACUCAUUAGCUCAAAUCAUUGUGGACUCCUUGAGCGAGAAAGACGAGCUGCAACCCUAUCAGAAUGAUCCUCCUGGUGGUCGCAAUUCACAUACUGGCGAGUUCCUUCAGAUACAAAAGAGCGUUUUAGGCCUGCUUCAUUAUGUUGACCACCCAAAUUCGAACCGCGAGCAACUCUCACUGUACCAUCAAAUCUUCCAACUUGGUAAUAUUGACCUCAUUGGAGGAGCAACUCCGACUGAAAGCGAUAUUCUACCUGCAGACUCGGCAGAGAUCAACGUCAACUGUUACCUAGUGCUGUUMAAGCCGCUCAUUUCGUCGUCGCAAAUGAUGCCGGGGGUAGAAAACGGCACGAGUGUUAUGGAGGCAAAAUCGGCUGAUGUAAAAUCCGAGUCCACGAUCACAGCACUCGCUUCGCCCGAGGGAAGCUGGUUAGGAAAGCUAGAAGAUGUGUAUAAUCGUGUCCUACAGGAAUAUGUCUCCAACAAUCCCAAAUCACGGAGCCGAUUCGAAGCCGCCUUGGAAGUGAUGCCAGGGGGUAAUACUCGGUCAGUUUUGCAUUUUGACCCGUUCCCCAUCGCCUUUGCCUCUGGGAAGAGCGCGCAUGUCACGUCUGUUGAUGGACAAGAGUAUCUGGAUUGUGUGUCUGAAUAUUCCGCCGCCUUUUUCGGCCACUCCCACCCAGUGAUAUUGAAGGCUAUUGAAGACGCAUUGAAAGAAGGCAUCAACCUUGGCGGCCCUGGGGAGAACGAAGUCAAGCUGGCGAGGAUAAUCAAAGAUCGCUUUCCUAGCAUUGAUAAGCUGAGAUUCUGCAACUCGGGUUCCGAAGCAAAUACUAUGGCCCUCUCGCUCGCUAAUAAUAUAACCAAGAAACGAAAGAUUCUAGCCUUCGAAAAUGGAUAUCAUGGAGGGUUUAUUGGCUUUAGCGACAAGUCUCUGCCAACAAACAUUCCUCAUGACUUUGUUCUCGGCCGCUUCAACGACAUAGAAUACACAAGGUUACUGAUGGACCAUGAUUUGGCGGCCAUCAUUGUCGAACCAAUGCAGGGAGCGGGUGGGAUGAACCUUGGGACGGUAGAUUUUCUUCAGUUCCUCCGGGACUCCGCGACAAAGUACGGCGCUUUACUGAUCUUCGACGAAGUCGUCACCUCUCGACUACACAUCAAUGGGCUUCAGGGCCAUUUCGGUAUUACGCCUGAUAUAACCACAUUGGGUAAGUAUCUCGGCGGUGGUCCAUCAUUCGGGGCCUUUGGCGGACGUAAUGAUAUCAUGGCUCUGCUAGACCCUCGUGUUCAGUCAGGAUUGGCUCAUUCCGGGACGUAUAACAAUAAUAUUUUGUCGAUGGCUGCAGGAGUUGCUGCUGCAGGUAUCGUCACCCCGACCCGGAUUGAGAAAGCGAACAGUCUUGGAGACAAGCUCCGGAACGGCCUCAACUCUCUUGUCAAGCAGUAUAAGAUUCAAAUGAUACGUGCCACGGGGUUCGGCAGUAUGGUUGGAAUAAAGUUCGAGGGUCCAGCACAAGACAAGCUACGUGAUGCGUUGUUCUUUCACAUGCUGCGUCAUUCCAUCUAUCUCGGCCGUCGGGGAUUCAUCUCACUCAAUCUUGUUCAUGAAGAGAAAGAUAUCGAUUUGGUCCUCAAUGCUUUCGCUGCUUUUAUGGGCGAGGUGUUCAUCCAUUACCGAUGGAUUGAUCAAGAAGGCUUUGAGUCUUAG